AUGUCGCCCCCGUUUCUUGGAUUCCCUUAUGAUCCCCCCAACGCAGCGUCUCCCGUAGAGCUUCCGCCAAACUGCUCCAACACAUUUACCGCUGCCAAUGCCUCCGGAACAUACGAUAUAGGCAACAGUUUUGUAAACGGGCCAUAUGGCUGGGACACAGUGGAGGACAUGAGCUGGACAGUGACUGUAGCCCAGACAGGCGGCGUGGUGCAAUCAUACAGCUGGCUCGGGCUCCCUCCUGCCACCUUGGGGAUUUACAGCGACCGCCACCGAUGUCAGCCAGCACCGUCGAAUCUCACCGCGGGGAGCUUGCCGCGAGUCUGUCGGGAUAUCCUCAACGCCAUCACGGCGAAGAAUGCGGUUCCAGAUGCUUGUGCCAAGUUUGUGGGACUUGAGCGGACCUGGUACGAUGGGGUGUAUUCCAAUAUUUCAUUCACAACGACAGGUAUGGAAGAUGUCAACAUCUAUCUGGGCUCUGCAAAACUGAUCUCAGACUGUACAACAGGGAUCACGGGCCCCAAUUCCACAGCCGCCGAGACAUGUCAAUUCAACACUUCGACCGUCGCUCCAUCGUUUGCGGUACCGAAUUCAAAGCUCUACCUCAUAACCCAGUAUGAGAGCCAGCAACUUCCAAACACGAGUAUCCUGGACACGACCUAUGACGAGGCCACAACGUUAGUGUAUCCAAUAUUGACGACACUAUUCCCACCCGCAAAUGAUAGCGACAGAGCCGAUUCUGUCGACCAGGCAGAAGCCUUUUUCACCUGUGCCCGUCCGGUAAAUAUCACCGCGGGUUCCCGUGUGCCGCCUGCAUUGCCGCCACCGACCCCGUUGCCAUCAAUCGCAAAACCCCUGAGCACAGGAGCCAAAGCCGGUAUCGGUGUUGGACUCUGGCCUGGUUUAUCGUUUCAAGACGUAAGAAACGGAAGGCAGAAGCUCUGCAAAUGGAGGGACAGAAAAAAGUCGAGAGUGAACCAGGCCAAUAAUGCAGAGACGAAGGCUCCCAUGUUAGAUGGCCAGACUCGGUCUGAGUUGUCUGGUUCUGGACGGCGUCCCGAGCUGGAUGGGACGGGUUAUUCAGAAUUGGAAGCCAGUGGCAUUAGCGAGUUGGAAGGGAGCUAUCCUCACAACUUAAGAUGA